AUGCCCCAGCAGCAGCACCAGCACCAUCAGCAGCAGCAGCACCAGCAGCAGCAGCAGCAGCACCACCACCACCACCAUCAGCAGCAGCACCCGCACCAUCAGCACCAUCAGCAGCAGCAGCACCAUCAGCAGCACCAGCACCAGCACCAUCACCACCAUCCGCAGCAGCAGCAGCAGCAGCAGCAGGAGCAGCAGCAGCAGCAGCAGCAGCAGCAGCACGAACCUGAAUAUCUUGUUCUGUGA